AUGGGAAAGCACAUUGUCUAUGUAACCGAUGCGAAGGGUCUAACAUUGUCUAUAACCAUCGCCGAGUGCUUCUACUGUCUCGCCAUCUGCUUCACCAAGCUCUCCAUCCUAACAUUCUACGGUCGGAUCUUCCCACAGCGAUGGUUCCGCCUCAUGACCUGGUUCAUGGCCUUUGUCGUGGUUGCGUACAACUUCUGCAGCGUGCUCGCCACCUGGCUACAAUGUGUUCCUCUCUCUCACGCCUGGGAUCCUUCCGUGCCCGCCACCUGCAUUGAUUACUACGCCGUCGUGGUAUUCAGCGGCGUGACAAACGUCGUCACUGACUUUAUCAUCCUGAGCAUGCCCCUCUCUGUUAUCCAUCAACUACACAUGAGCAGUCGCAAGAAACGCAUGCUGGCGUCUGUCUUUGCUCUUGGAUUUGGAACCUGUAUCGCCUCCAUCCUCCGCUGCAUCGAAGCUCAAGCCCUCAACUCCACCGACUCCAGCUGGGACCUGCAAGGCGCCAUCGACUGCACCUCCGUCGAGAUAUGCGUCGCCAUGAUAACGGCCUGCAUGCCCUCCAUGCGCCCGCUGGUCUCAAAGAUAUUCAAGUCGAACGCUACCCAGGCAAACUCGAAGAUGGACCCCACGGUUGGGACUUAUAAAAUGUCGACGCAGAAGGGGACGCGCAGUCGGGCGGACCGCGGUUGGUCGGCGAUUGAUCAUGAGGAGAUACAGAGGCUUCCGGAGGAAAGGUCCGCCGAUGAACUUUCGUUGGGGAGUUUGAAGCAGGCGUACCGUGCUGAUGUUAGGCAGGCGGUGUGA